AUGGAUAUGGACAUGGACAUGGCAAAUUGCGAUUUCAAUGCAGACUGCCGUCUUGGCCAGGAGGACGGGGGAUAUAAACCUCACGGCGGCUAUUGAGGAUUGAGGUCUUGAACUCCAGACUCAACCGUUCAGUCGAACACCAUCUCUCUGGCUUCUGUCUUCUCUACCAAGCUCAAUUCAACUCACUCACCAUGAAACCCACCACUCCCCUCCUCACCCUCCUCUCCAUCCCCGGCGCCCUCAGCACCUACACAGUCCGCUUUUAUGAAAACGCCUCCUGCACCCAAACCCCCGGCUGGCCAGCAUACGAAUGCGGCACGGGAGAGCACGCCUUCCCUGAUGCUCAAUAUGCGCAGGUCGAGAAUAAUUGCGGCGACGGGAAGAAGGUCUAUUUGACGCUUACUAGGGAGAAUGGGGAUGGGACGGCGAUGAGUACGGGGGAUGUUUGGGAUAGUGGGUGUCAGCGGAUUGAGUGUGAGUUGGGGGGUUUGGAGAUGGUGAGAAUGAUUCGUUGGUUGGUGGUUGAUUGUUUGGGUGGUUGUUGGGUGUGGCUGGCUGGUUUGGAUUGGGUCCGGAAUGUGUUGUGGUGUAGCAGAAGAUGCAUUGUCAAUUGGACCGGCAUAAUUAACUCGCUGUUAACUUGAAAGUUGGAUAAACAACGGAUUUUAUA